UUCCGUCUUCUCUCUCCUCCCAACUCUCUCUCUCUACACUACACUCCCAUGGCCUCAUGCAACCAAGGCUUCCCUCUCAUCACCGAAGACGACGACGACAACUCUCACCGGCACCAGACCUUCGCCUCUCACUGCGCAACCGCCGAUAAAUUCACCGGCGCCGGUAACUCCGCCGAGUUCUACUCUCAGAAUGCCGACGCCAACUCCUUCGCCGACGCAGGCGACGAAUCCUCCGACCAGAAUAGACCUGAAACCACCACUCGGAACGGCAAGAGAAAUUCCAACCACCACAAGAAGCCCAAACAUGGCGGUGCAGCCGCCGAUUCCAGCGGCGAGUUCCGCGUCGAUCACCGGAAGGAUCGCGAGGAGUGGAGCGACUCAGCGAUUGCGUUUCUUCUCGAUGCAUACACAGAGAAGUAUUUGCAGUUGAAUCGAAGUAAUUUACGGGGGAGAGAUUGGGAAGUGGUGGCCGAGAUCGUGAAUGAGAGGUGUGAUACGCAAAAGUCUUGUAAGAGUAUGGAACAGUGUAAGAACAAGAUUGAUAAUUUGAAGAAGAGGUAUAAAGUUGAGUUUCAGAGGAUGAAUGGCGGUGGCUUAAUGGCUAGUAAUUGGCCCUGGUUUAAGAAGAUGGAGGUGAUUGUGGGCAAUUCAGUGUCAAUAAAGAGUGUUUCUGAUGAAGAUAAGUCUGGUGGAGGAAACUCUGCUAGUGUGAUUAGGCAAUCAAAGAGAUAUGCACCUGACAAUGUUUCUGCCUUUGCAAACAGUAAAUCCAAAUCAAUGCCAGCGCUAAAAUGGCGGCGAGUAGUGUUCAAAAUUAGUGGUGUUGCAUUGUCCAGGAACAGUCAGAGUGUUGACCCAAAGGUGGCUUUGCAGAUUGCUAGAGAAAUAGCAACAGCUUGCCGCGUUGGUGUUGAGGUGGCUAUUGUAGUUGGAGGUCGUAACUUCUUUUGUGGGGACUCAUGGGUAUCAGCUACUGGCCUAGAUAGACCUACAGCAUACCAAAUUGGUAUGAUGGCAACAGUUAUGAAUUCUGUACUACUUCAAUCAGCUUUAGAGAAAUUAGGUUUUCAGACGCGUGUGCAAAGUGCAUUUCCAAUGCCAGAGGUUGCUGAACCAUAUAACAGGCUACGUGCUAUCCGUCAUCUUGAGAAAGGAAGAAUUGUCAUCUUCGGUGGCAUUGGUGCUGGUGUUGGAAAUCCACUCUUUACCACUGACACAGCAGCAGCUCUGAGAGCUUCUGAGAUUAAUGCAGAUGCUGUCCUCAAAGGUACAAAUGUAAAUGGCAUCUAUGAUUGCCAAUCUGUUGACAACAAUGCAGUGCUAGAUCACAUGUCUUUCAGGGAGGUUGUUUCUAGGGGCAUUACCUCUAUGGACAUGAUGGCAAUACAAUACUGUCAAGAGAAUGGAAUUCCAGUUGUAGUCUUUAACCUGCUAGAGCCUGGCAACAUUUCAAGAGCAUUAUGCGGAGACCAAGUUGGCACCUUGAUUGAUCAAGCAGGAAGGAUCAGUUGACGUGUUCAGAACAUACCAACACUUUAAACCCUGGUAUGGAGUCCGUGGAAUUGCCAUUAGUGCAUUCUCCAGAAUAUAUCUUCAAGACAACGCAAGGUAUCUUUCUUCAAAGGGGAAAAAGAAAAAGUAAAGAAAAAAGAGACACAGCCCAACAAUAUUUAGCAAGCUUUUGCAUAUAACAUGGAGAGGCUUCUGUAAUAUAAAUGAGAGGGUGGUAGAAGAACUUUCUUUUGUCCAGAGUCCUUAAUUUAUUAGCACAUAGUCAAUAAAUGCUUAGCAACAAGAAGGAAGCUUCUUGUUGGGAGUUUUGGUGGCUUAUGCUGUUAUUUAAUGUUUACUCAGCCUGUAAAUUCUUCUGCCGAUGCCUUUUUUUUUAAUGUUAUUGGCAGGGGGAAAAACAAAUUUUUAGAAAUGUGAUGCACAAUGCAUUUGACGAAAAA